UUCAGAGUUCGCCCUUUGUCUCCUUUGGGCCUCCGUAGUCAGAGCGCUGAGCAGCUGCACAUGUGACAGUUCAACUGGUGUUCUACACAUACACAGCGUUCUCCUCCUCUUCAUCACCAUGACACUGUUCACCAUGGCCUUCACCCUGGUCCGGCACGGGGAAACGCAGUUCAACAAAGACGGCCUCUUACAAGGGCAGGCCAUCGACUCGUGUCUGUCUGAGACCGGUGUCCAGCAGGCGGAGGCGGCGGGCUGUUACCUGAGAGACGUCACCUUCACCAACGUCUUCGUCAGCAGCAUGCUGCGGGCCCGUCAGACGGCAGAGGUCAUCCUGAAGCACAACAGCAGCGGUGCUGGUCUGGAGAUGGUCUGCGACGCUCUACUGAAGGAGAAGAGCUUCGGCGUGGCGGAGGGCCGGCCGGUGGAGGCGUACCGGGCGAUGGCGGCGGCGGCUGGUGAGACGACGGUGGACUUCGUGGCACCGGGGGGCGAGAGCGAGCAGCAGGUGACGGAGCGCUUCAGGAUGUUUCUAGAAUCCAUGUUGCGCCGCAUUGAUGCCGACCACUGGCUCAACCACCCGGAACCGGUCCCCUCCGCAUCAGAGCCUCUGGUCUCCCCCCCGGCGGAGGGCCGGGCGGACGAGGGGCUGGGGGCCCUGGGGGCCCCGGGGGUCCACGCCCUGCUGGUGGGUCACGGCGCCUACAUCCGCUCGGCCGUGCGCCACCUGCUGCAGGCGCUGGGCUGCUCGCCGCCGCCCGGCGUCGACCACGCCCACAUGCUGUCGCUCAGCCCCAACACGGGCCUGUCCCGCUUCGUCCUCACGCUCGCCCGGGACCAGGGAGGGCUCGCCAUCAGGGGGGUCCGGGGGGUCUUCGUCCACAGAGCGGACCACCUUAAAUAACCAUGGGGGUGGGGGAGGAGGGUAGUUGACUACGGAGCAAACCAUCUUUAAUGAUUUGGUUUAUUGAUGCUGUUGGCAUAUGAAGAGAAUGUCAACCAAUGUGACAUAAUGUGCAAAAGACUGCCUUUAAUCCUUCCAUAGUGAUCACUCAAUAGCCUUCUGUUUUAUCUGAUCUGUAGAUGUUAAAAGAUAACCAAAUCAGUGAUGAUUUUAGAAACUUAUUUUACGUUUUCUGUUCAAAUGGUGUGUGUGUGUGUGUGUGUGUGUCAGUCACAGCCGGCCCGCGGCUCCAUGCUGGGACACCCUGGUUAUUGAAUCACAUAAAUGUGUUCUCUAAUGAGUUCCUCCAUCUAUAUCGGUGAGUCUGGGCUAUAUCGAGAACAGAAUGCCGCUGAACUGUUGACUCUGUAGCCAAUCAGUUACUUUCAUUGUUGUCAAUUAACCUUCGGGCUGGAGGCAGACCCAUGCUUCACUUCACCCACACCACCUUAGCGCCGAUAAGGAAGAUGAUUCAGAGCAACGUAUGACUGAUGAUGCUGCUCUAUACUAUAACUGAUGAAGAGGAUGGGAGGAAGGGCAAUGUGAGCACAAUACAGUAAACACAAAAAACAACCGUGUCUUCAAUCUUUGGGCUUUUUCGCCUGUGAAACCUUUUUUGAUCUUAUGUCUCAAAAUCAUCAGUGACCUGUAUUUACUUCGAAUUAUGUUUCUUGGGGUUAACAAGAUGAGCUAUCAGGUGUUAACAAGUUGUGCUAUCAGUCUGCUAACAUGCUAACAGACUGGGUGCUAACACUAACAUGGGGUUACAAGUUGCAUAAGUGAAUGCCCGGGCGCAAAGUCUUGUAGAGCGACUGACCUGUUGGUUGGUUCAAGGCCGAUAAAGAGAUCAAUGCAGUUCUUGUUUGAAAUACAUGUGGAUAUUUCACGAUCAGGCAUAACGGCAUAAAUGUAUGGUAUCAUGCUCAACAUGAUUUAUUUACAAUCUAAUGAUAUAUUGGUAAUAUUUGGAACAAAAUGAUACAAUAGUUUACCGGGUAACAUCAGUUAGCUCAACUUUCAAAGGUCCCAUGGCAUGCUACUUUAUGGAUGCUUAUAUAUAGGUGUUAGUGGGCCCUUAAUACAGUAUUUGAAGUCGUUCAAGUAAUUCAACCUCCGCGGAGGUGGAGCGCCUCGGCAGCGGUCAGCGGGGCUCCGGCGGGAGACAAUCGUAGGCAACCUUUCUCCUCCAUGUCGUGGUUCGGGUACUUCUGGGAGUCAAAACCAAAGUUCCUUUCCCCAAAUUCCUUCUCAACCAUAGUUGAGAUAACCCCAACUACGAGUCUCGUAGAAAUACGAGAGAUGUCAGAGAACCCGACGUGUUAUGCGCCAUAACACCAACAGCAGAAUGUCUAUCCAAAUGACAAAGCAGUGUACAACAGUCAUAGCUCAUUGUCUCAUUGUCGGGCCAAAUUCUCUGGGUGGGCAAAGCAGAGAAGGGGAGGUAACUUGGCCCCUUCUGACGAUAUAUAGGGCCAAAAUCGAAAUGAAACGCCAUUUCUAGCUACCGGGGGACCAUAGGCAAGGGGGACUCAUUAUUAAUGUUAGAAAACCUCAUAAAGUGACAUUUUCAUGCCACGGGACCUUUAAAGGAUCCAACUAAAACAUCCCCCCUCAUUCCAGGAUUCCCUCCAAGCCCCUGCCCCAAAACACACGACUAGCACGCAAGCUUUAGCAACGGGUCCAACGUGCCUUCUGGAAGGCUUUUAUUAGGGCAAAAUGUAAUGAUCGGACAGGUUUAUUUCAGGCCUGAAACAACCUCAGAGACUGGAUGCAUGUUGUUAUUUUUUUCGUGACAAAAAUGCUUCUACAAAUAAAUGGUCUGCCCUAGACUUAAUUUUUUUUUAAGGUGCUUUAAGUCCGAUUUUUUUUUUAGGAACAAAGUGUUUAUUCGUGCUUUUACAAUUAUAUUUCUAACAACAGCUUUUUCAAAAUAACAGACGAAGGAAAAACAACGAUAUUGUUCGGCAAACAAGAGAAAAACAAAAGUACGCUUCAGGCUUCAAGCUAUUUUCUUGACAAGGUUACUAAACCAGUGUUGCACCCUUUCAUGGUGGCCAACUAAAAUAAGCAAUUACAGGCGCCCAUCUAUCCUUUAGGUUUAAGAUGUGCAAUGCAACGAUACAAGGUUCUCUUGGUUAUGGAAACACUGGAAUCAAUGUUUUUAAUUUAAUCUGUAUUUGUAUUGUCUUUUAUAUGGAACUUUGAUUCUGGAAGUAUUCAUUCAGUCAUAAGGAGGAAGGGGGUGAAUUUAUGGGUUGUUUAUUUUUUUUUAACAUUGUUCUCUUCUGCUGUCUCUCUUUAGAAACUUUCAUGUCUUACCGAGGUUUUGAUAUCGUAAAAAGUUCAAACUAUAAAGAAUAAUUACCUUACCCUUACCCUUUUGUCAUGGGUAAUUAAUUUACCUGCAAAUUCCUUGAUGAAUGACGAACACAAAGACAUAAAAACAUCAGAUUCAAAUAUAUUUUUAAUAAAUACUAUAGUAGCCUACUGUGUAGCUCUCUGUCUCUGUCUCCAAGAUGACGGGCACCUUGCCGCAGGUAACUGGGACCAGAACUCGUGGUCAACUCUUUUUGAGUCCAGACGCCCAAAGCCUGAAUCAUCUCAGUCCAAACAAACACAGAGUUGUCUGGCUAAAAUGUACAACUCUGUGUUGGUUUUAAUGGGUUUAACUAACCAAUAAACAAUCACAAGUCAUCAACGGCUUCAUAAUGAUCCCCUCUUACAUGCUUGAGCUUUAAGUCUUAUUUACAUGUUUGAUAUUUUAACCUCCCAAUGCAAUAUGUAACUAUGAGGCUGGCAAACCUUUUAUAUUUCUAAUAAAUAGUGAGAAAUUAUCAAUCCAUCAUCCUUCAUUUUUCAUUUUUUCUACAUUCAAACCCCAUGGGGUCUGGAGUUUUGCAAAUUACCAAACCAAUCUAGAGCCAAGUCGAGGUCAACAUAACCAGUAGUCCGUCUUGUAAUUGCACAAAUAAAGACUUUCCAUUUCAGGCAAAUAAAACACAACAAAAAAACAA